UUAAUAGAGUAAUGAAUAAUGGGUUUUUCGAGAAAUUCAGAAUUUUCGAAAAGAGUAGAGUAGGUAAUGGAAUCAUUUACAGUUUUAUUUUUGUUUCUUGUUUUCUUUCUAAUUUGAAAAUCAACUUUCGUAGCCUAACUUUUCGCGAAUUGUUUUUCUUUUCAAUUUCCACUGUUGGCAGAAAGUUUGACCAAAACUUUUCCGACUUUUUCUCUCUCAACUUUUACGAACAUUUUCAUCUGUGGAAAUGGGAAAAUAAUUGAAAUAGAAGUAGAAGCUAACAAGUUGAGAUUGAAUUAGCCAAAUUGCUCAUAAUUUUAUUGUGAGAUGCUUCCGUUUUCCUUCGGAUUUUUCUUCAUUCUUUUUGAGGAAUUUUCCUGAAAAUUUCGAAAAUCAUCUGAUUGAUUUUCGUCACAGCCACAUGGCACCGGCACCGCCGCUUUUCCUUUCGUAUUUUGCUUUGUUUGUUUAUAGAUCGCAGCACUUCUAUUCAACAAACGCAAAUGUUGAAAUGGCGGACAAGAGAUGAGUAUCCCCGCGUGUAGUGGUGUGAGUGUGUGUCAAAAUCGGUGGUGAUUUUUCCCGGUGAUUUUACGAGUGGUAUGAUGUGAAAAACUGUGUUUAAUUAUUUAUCCGAUACAAUACAUCUAGGAGUUUAAUAUUAACAUCUGAAAUAACCAUAGCAAGCUUUACUUUUCAUACAAUGAAUGAUACCCAGGAUUUGCAGCAGUUGGAAUUGCUUUGUACGCAGCUUUACGAAUCUCAAGAUCCGAACAUUCGAAUCGAAGCCGAAAAAGCUCUAGUUGUGUUUCAAAAUUCACCCGAUGCUCUGUCCAAGUGUCAGUUACUCCUCGAACGUAGCGAAUCUUCGUAUGCUCAACUAUUAGCUUGCACAACGCUGACGAAAAUAAUUUCGAGAAGUUCGCAAAAUUUACCUCUUCAGCAAAGGAUCGACAUAAGGAAUUAUGUACUGAAUUAUUUAGCUACUAGACCGAAGCUGCCUAAUUUCGUGCUGCAAGCUUUGAUCACAUUAUUCGCUCGUAUCUCGAAGCUAGGUUGGUUCGACGGUGAAAAGGAAGAUUAUGUGUUCAGAAAUGUUGUUAAUGAUAUUUCGCAGUUCCUACAAGGAUCUGUGGAAUAUUGUAUGGUCGGCGUACAACUCUUAUCGGAAUUGGUGGUUGAGAUGAAUCAAAUAUCAGAUUCCGAAGGUAAUAGGUCGAUCACGAAACAUAGAAAAAUAGCGUCGUCGUUCCGAGACACCCAGUUGUUCGAAAUAUUCAGAUUAGCGUGUUCUUUGUUGAGUACAGCGAACGAAAAUUGUAAAAGUUUAAAUUUUGACGAUGUUUCGCAGCAUGGCUUAAUUACGCAAUGUUUGAGGUUGGCACAUAAUUGCUUAACUUUUGACUUCAUCGGCACGUCGAACGACGAAUCUUCGGAUGAUUUAUGUACCGUUCAAAUUCCUACUAGUUGGCGACCCGCAUUUUUAGAUUAUACGACGCUUAAAUUAUUCUUCAAUUUGUAUCAUUCCUUACCCAGCAGUUUAUCUCCUAUGGCGUUAUCUUGUCUAGUUCAAAUAGCUUCUGUGCGGCGGUCUUUAUUUAGUAAUCCUGAAAGAGCAAAGUUCCUUGCACAUUUAGUCAACGGACUGAAACAUAUCUUACAAAAUCCGCAGGGUUUAAGAAAUCCGAAUAAUUACCACGAAUUUUGUAGACUUUUAGCCCGUUUGAAAUCAAAUUAUCAACUAGGAGAGUUGGUGAUGAUUGAAAAUUAUCCGGAAACCAUUCAAUUAAUUACUAAGUUUACCGUCGAAAGUUUACAGGUUUGGCAAUUUGCUCCGAACAGCGUUCACUAUUUAUUGAGUUUAUGGCAACGAAUGGUUGCUUCUGUGCCUUAUGUGAAAGCCUCUGAACCGCAUUUAUUAGAAACGUACACUCCAGAAGUCACCAAUGCCUAUGUGUCAGCUCGUCUUGAAGCUGUCCCUGUUAUAAUUCGUGAUGGAUUGGAUGAUCCUUUGGAUGAUAUGGGUAUGGUACUUCAGCAAUUAGAACAAGUAUCUGUGAUUGCGCGAUGCGAUUAUCCGAAAACUUGCACAAUGCUAGUCCAAGUUUUCGAUCAGACGGCGGCUUUGUAUCAAGAUUUAGUCAAUUCAUCCAACAGAUUGCAAGUCGAUUUAAAUAUACAAGAAAUUCGAUUGACAUGGCUGGUCUACAUUAUUGGUGCUGCUAUCGGCGGACGUGUUUCAUUCAAUACGAACGACGAACACGAUGUUAUGGAUGGUGAAAUGGUAGUCAGAGUGUUACAAUUGAUGAACUUGACCGAUUCAAGAUUACCACAAAGUGGCUGUGAAAAAUUAGAAUUAUCUUUUCUCAAUUUUUUCGAACAAUUCAGAAAAAUUUAUAUCGGUGAACAGGUGCCUAAAACUUCAAAAGUUUACAAAAGACUGCAGGAUGUGCUGGGUAUUGGAGAAGAGAAUUUAGUGUUGAGUGUAUUUAUGCGUAAAAUAAUCACAAACUUGAAGUAUUGGGGCGGAAGCGAACAGACAAUAUCGAAGACAUUAAUGUUACUUAACGAUCUUUCAGUCGGGUAUACUUGUGUCCGAAAAAUGGUGAAAUUAGAAGAAGUCAUAUUUCUUUUGAGUAGCCAUACUAGCGAACAUUUUCCAUUUUUGGGAAACAACGUUACACUGAGUGAAAUGCGACUUCGAUCUAUGUUCUAUACUUCACUAGGUCGAUUAUUAAUGGUUGAUCUCGGCGAAGAAGAGGACAAGUUCGAGAAUUUUAUGUUACCUUUAGCUAGUACUUUGGAUACGAUUGGAAAUCUAUUCGCUGUUUCAUCAGAUUCGUCCGUGUACGCGAACGAUGAAGUUAAAAAGCCUCUAAUCGGCAUAGCUCGAGAUUUGAGAGGUUUAGCGUACGCGUUCAACACGAAGGCGUCAUUCAUGUUGUUAUUUGACUGGCUAUACCCGGCAUAUAUGCCUAUAUUUUUACGAGCCAUCGAAUUAUGGGCUACUGAACCACAAAUAACCACACCGGUGCUAAAACUAUUCGCCGAAUUGGUUCAAAACAGAUCUCAAAGAUUGCAGUUUGACGUAUCGUCGCCUCAUGGCAUUUUACUAUUUAGAGAAGCUAGUAAAAUAAUUUGCACUUAUGCGAAAUACAUAUUACCAAUAGAACCGCCGAAAGAACAGAUUUAUCCGUUGAAAUUGAAAGGAAUAUCUAUAUGUUUUUCAAUGCUGAAAGCUGCCCUUUGUGGAAAUUACGUCAAUUUCGGAGUAUUCAGAUUGUACGGCGACGAUACGCUAGAAAACGCUUUGAAAACCUUCAUUAAACUGCUGCUGUGUAUUCCACGUAAUGGUUUAUUGGACUAUCCGAAGUUAUCGCAAACGUAUUACGUGCUUUUGGAAUGCCUUGCUCAAGAUCAUAUGAAUUUCUUGUCUACGUUGGAGCCUCAAGUUUUCCUUUAUAUACUUUCAACCAUCUCGGACGGAUUAAACGCCAUAGGUGAUACAAUGAUUUGUACCGGAUGCUGUACGACUUUGGAUCACAUAACUACAUAUUUAUUUAAACAAGUUCAACUAAAAGAGAAAAAAACUAGACAAGGUUUACCAGUCACAAACGAACCGUUUUUACAAGUUUUAGAAUUACACGCUGGCAUUUUGCAACAAAUUUUAAGCACCGUGUUAAAUAUAAUCAUGUUCGACGAAUGCCGAAACCAGUGGUCGAUGUCAAGACCGCUUUUAGGACUGAUAUUAUUAAACGAACAGUAUUUCAAUUCAUUACGAGAAAACAUAAUCCGAAGUCAGCCACCGGAUAAGCAAGCUGCUAUGGCUCAAUGGUUCGAGAACCUGAUGAACGGCGUAGAAAGAAAUUUACUUAGUAGGAAUAGAGAUAAAUUUACCCAAAAUUUAUCUUCAUUUAAAAAAGAAUUGACUGAAAAAGGAUCAACCGUGGCGGCCGUGAGUUCAAACUCUAUUAACGAUAUGAUCACUACAUAGUCGCUUAAAGAAUACAAAAAUACAUACGUUUUUCAAGACUAUUUUUUUUUCUUUUUCUUUUUUUUCCUUUGUUUCGUUGUCAGCCCAGUGUGUACUUGGAAAUAGAUAUGUUUUUUUGAAAUCUAUGACUGUUUAGUAUCGUACAUGUGAUAACUUUGUUAUUUUAAUAAUUACGAAUUUGUUAAUUUUAUUUAGCCUCGUGCGAGUAUCGUCGCGUUUUGUUGGUUACGAAAUAUUCAUCGCUUCUUGCCCAACGAAGCUCGAUAAGUUACAUUUAAAGAUUUUUUUUUGAAAUUCGUUUUAUACUGUGUGCAAAUUUCGUAACGAUUUAUUAUGAUAUAUUAUUGUUUUCUCUCUUUUUCUCUCUAUCUCUCUUACAGUUAAAAUUAAAAAGGUAAUUUGAUAAUUGUUUUUUUUUUAAAAAUCAUUAUUGAAAUAGUUGAGCAUUACGUUGCUGAUGUUAUUUUUAAUGAGUAUUUAUGAAUUUGUAUGUCACGAUGUAUAAAGAAUUUAUUUCAUUGA